AUGGCAACUGACGCCGAGCCCCUCAGUGCGGGGCUAUUCGACGAAGCCUCCGCGCACGACGACGUAGCCCAAACCUCCGACCCGCAAGCCGCCGACAAAGACGAAGCCGAUACCUGCCGCAUAUGUCGAGGAGAGGGCACCGCUGAAGAGCCUCUGUUCUUUCCUUGCAAAUGCAGCGGCAGCAUCAAAUACGUCCACCAAGAAUGCUUGAUGGAAUGGCUGUCGCAUACCCAGAAGAAGCACUGCGAACUGUGCAAGACAUCGUUCCGCUUCACCAAACUAUACCACCCCGGCAUGCCGAAUCGCAUACCCACGGCUGUCUUCGUACGCCGCGCUGCUCUACACGUCCUCAAUAUGUUCGCAACCUGGUGUCGGGGACUUCUUGUGGGCGCUGUGUGGCUCUUCCUGCUCCCCUGGUGCAUGCGCGUCGUAUGGCGCAGCCUGUUCUGGGUCGGCGACGGUGGCUGGUCACAAGAAUUGUUUGUCGACACCCCUCAGACGCCAAUCACGUCUGAGACACGUGGGCUGUCCGCUAAAGAUAUGGACUUGGUUCGUGCCGCCAUCGAUACCGCCAAGAGCAACAACUCGACUGUGCAUCUAUCAGAGACGACCUGGCCCAUGACGAUAUCAUAUACCCCAAUCAACACCACAGCCAGCGAAUCCAUCCUCUGGAACUAUGCCAAGCGUUUCUUCUUCGGUGUGCCGUACCCCUUCUCUCAGCUUGCGCAGAUCGACAAGCCAAGCUACUUCGCUACUUUUGACAAGAACGGCACAGUCUCCAACGUUACAUCAGACCCCCUCGGCAUUCGCAGCCCGUCACUACUGUCCGAUGUCCCAUUCUUCAACUGGUUCCAGUCCCAAAGCGCCAAUCGAUUUAUCAUCGACGUUAUAGAAGGGCAAAUCAUCACUCUACUCGUCGUAGUAGCUUUUAUCCUCGUCUUUCUUAUCCGAGAGUGGGUGGUCCAGCAGCAACCUGUAAUCAACAUGGUUGCUAUUGGUGACAACGCUGCUGCGCAAAGGGCUGCGCUCGUAGAAGAAGAGGCCCUUGUGGACAAUGUGGUUGUUGACGAGGGUGAGUUGGAAGAGGCUCUAGAUGCCCUAGGUGCAGAGGUGGCUGAGGAAGCUGAAGAGGCUCACGAACCUGCAAAUGUUGACGAGAACGAACCAAUCGCCCCUGGUGGCCCCGCUCGCGAGAUCGAUGAGCCUGAGGCCUCCGAACCUACAAUACGCCGAGUUCGCCGGUCUUCCUCGCUUCGCAGAGAACGCGACGAGCUUGUUCGCAACAUAGUACGGGAUGGUCUGUCCGAUGAUGAUGCAAGGUCAAUGAUGCAAUUGGGGACAUCUGAUAACCUUGCGGAUGCCUUCAAUGAAGGCGUUCCGUCUCAGAACUUCCAAGAGACACUUGAGCGAGCAAUGAACACGAGAGAUACCUCGAACCGAGCUGAAAGCGACAGCGAGGCUAGCAGUCCGAUCUUCCCUGCGAGGACCUCGUCACUCCCUCAACCCCCAGACUCAACACUAGACGUAGCAAGUUCCGAGUCGUCUUCAUCUUCAUAUAGACCAAACAUGCCAGCACGCGAUAAGUCCUUUAUUGCGACAGAAAUUCGCCGCAGCCUAGAGGAAGGUAAUACAUGGUCAUUCGAGAACGUACCACAAGCGUCGGCAUCGAACACAAACACGGCUGAGAACGUGCCCGAUUCUUGGGAAGAUGACGACAAUGUGCAUCAGCGAGAUAAUCAAGAGCCCGGGGCUGCAUCAGACCAAGAACCGGGUAGUGAGCACAGUAGUGGAAGCUGGCAACAAGUCCCUGAAAUUGUGGAAGAUGACUCUGACCAAGCGCUGGAAGGAGAACAUGUUCACGACAAGGGUAAAGCCAAGGCUACCGAUACCAGUACAGGCAAUGUUCUACAAGAGUCAACAUCGCCUGCAGAAAGUAGCGCCACUAAUCUAGACAACGCAAUUACAGUUGAUACUACGAUUGAAGUUGAUAACAGCAGUAGCCAGCCUGAACAAGAUCCGAGCACACAUCAAGAUCAGACAGACUCUGAGGUGGCCCGACGAGAUUCAGAUGCAGCUAAUGUCCAUCCGGCAGAGCUUCAACCUCCACAAAACCCGAUGAACCAAGUUCUAGACUGGAUGUUUGGCGACAUAGCACCGACGGUGCAAGCCGCUGAGGAAGGAGGCAACGAUGAGCAUAUCGUGCGCGAUCUAGCAGACGAGGCGCCCUUUGUCCCAUUCUUAGGGAACGAGCCGCGGGAUCAUGGCAAUGCUGCACCCCAAGACCCUGAAGUCGCCGCCGCUGCUGCACAAGCUGGCAUAGACGUCAACGACCAGGAAGCAAUCGAAGAUGCAGAAGACUUGGAAGGCAUACUUGAGCUCAUCGGUAUGCAAGGGCCCAUCGUCGGUCUCUUCCAGAACGCCUUGUUCAGCGCUGUGUUGAUAUCCGCCACACUGGCUUGCGCUGUCUGGCUUCCUUAUCUCUGGGGCAAAGUCGUCAUCCUAUUCAUGGGAAGUCCUAUCUCGCUCUUCGUCAAGCUCCCUCUGCAAGUCAUCGCGGCAGUCACAGACUUCAUCGUCGACGUCACUCUCUUCCUAGUGGCCGGUACGACGUAUUGGGGUUCUUAUGCCAUCUCUAGUCUGGUCAAACUAUGUUCCUUGGGGAAGCUAUCUCAGACCAUAGAGGGCCCACUCCGCGCAGUGUCUACACCAGCUUAUUCGCUUGCAGAGAGUGCCAUGGUUCGCAUUGGAAAGAUGUUCGUCGAAUCACCUCUGUCGCCUCGUCCCGACUACUUCCGGCUCUCGGUCAAUGCGCAUGCUUCGUUGCGAAGCUUGCAGAACACGACUUCAUUCGCCAUGAACGAGACUAGUAACCUUGCGAACGCUAUCAUCGAGGAGAUUUCAGCAGACUCACCGCCCAGGCUUGUGUUGAGAGUCCUUGGGGGCUUACCUUCGUUGGUCCAGAAUGUCUUUACAACUGCCUAUGGCCAAUGCAGCGCUCUGCUGACAUGGCUUUGGACGUCCAAGUCGUACAAGAUUACCUUUGAUCUGGACCUGAGCCGCAACACCACUGCAGCAUACACUGCAAUGGAGCGGUGGACAGCGAGCGACCGCCUCAUCGCAAUUCUUGCUGGCUAUGGGUUCUUCGCUUUCGCCGGCGCCGUGUAUCUUAGGCGCGGAACCCCUUUCAGCUCGUCGCAGCAAGGGCAGAAAAUUGAGCGCGUUCUCUCCGACAUAUUACAGCAAGCUGGUGGUGUGCUGAAAGUCAUCCUUAUCAUCAGUAUAGAAAUGUUGGCGUUCCCGUUAUACUGCGGUCUGCUUCUCGACUUGGCCAUGCUUCCGCUGUUCAGGAAUGCUACGCUGUACAGCCGGUGGCAGUUCGCGAGAGAAAGCCCCUGGACAUCUGGAUUUGUGCACUGGUUCAUCGGCACUUGCUACAUGUUUCACUUUGCCCUCUUUGUGUCCAUGUGCCGCAAGAUCAUGCGCAAAGGCGUGCUGUACUUCAUCCGCGACCCAGACGAUCCAACAUUCCAUCCUGUCCGGGACGUUCUGGAGCGUAGCGUCACAACUCAACUUCGCAAGAUCGCCUUCAGUGCGCUCGUGUAUGGAGCCCUCGUCAUCGUAUGCCUCGGCGGUGUCGUAUGGACCCUGAGCCGCGCUACUACGAACGUCCUACCAAUUCACUGGACAACAGAAGCGCCUUCGCUAGAGUUUCCGCUCGAUCUCCUCUUCUACAACUUCCUCACGCCAGUCAUUAUCAAGUUCUACAAGCCGAGCGAGGGUCUGCAUACCAUCUACAAAUGGUGCUUCCAGAAAUGCGCUGGGUUCCUGCGUCUGUCCAACUUCCUCUUUGGCGACAAAGUCCUCACGCAAGAAGGCGACGACGGCCGAUAUGUUCGUGCACCAGCCUCUGAUCAAGCUCGCAUUCCAAAGGGUCAGCCUGUCUUUGUCGAAGUCGACCGGGACAACGUGCGCAAAGAUGGGCAGACCGAGGGUGGAGUACACAAUUCUGAUCUCGUAUCGAUGGUGUUUAUCCCACCGUGGUUCCGCGUGCGCAUUUUCUGCUUCAUCGUCACGAUAUGGAUCUUCAUGGGUCUAUCCGGAGUCAGCGUGACAAUCCUACCUCUCCUCUUCGGCCGCUACCUCUUCUCCCUCUUCCUUCCACCAACCGUCGAGAUGAACGACAUCCACGCCUUCUCCCUCGGCGUCUACACGCUAGCCAGCAUCGGCUACUCGGCCUACCACGCUGGAAAGUUCAUUUCCUCCCUCAACAGAUCCAUGCCCGACCCCAUGUCCACGCUCCACACAAUCGCAGCAACAACCUCGCGCGUUGGCGGCCGCGCCCUCCGCUUCUCAUACGUCUGGGCCACGCUCAUUUUCGCCAUCCCCUUCCUCUUCGCCGUCCUCCUUGAACUCUACUUCCUCAUGCCCUUGCACGCCUACCUCGGCCCCAAGGAACCCCACGUCGUCCACGUUAUCCAAGACUGGACUCUCGGCUUCUUGUACUCUCGUCUCGCCGCGCGUUUAGUGUUUGCGAACCGCAAUUCCCGUCCUGCACGCGCGUUCAAAGCUGUUAUUCGUGAUGGCUGGCUCUACCCCAAUGCCAAGAUUGCGACGAGAUGUUUUCUUGUGCCUGUGUUGGCGCUGUUCCUCGUCGCCAUUGCUGUGCCGUCUAGUUUGGCGUUUGUUACGUCCAGAACACUUUAUCGCGGUGCGAGUGAGGCGACGAAGAACUUGCUUUGGCGCUUUAGUUUCCCGGCUGUGGGGCUCGCUUUGGUGUUUAUGUGGGCUUCUUCGGCGGUUGUCAGGUUGCUUGUGAGAUGGAGGUUGGUUGUUAGGGAUGAGGUUUAUUUGAUUGGGGAGCGUUUGCAUAAUUUUGGGGAGAGGAAGGCGCCUGUCCAGUCGGCGUCUGCGAUGGAUACUGGGACUCAGACUGCUUAG